GUUGUGCCAGGGAACCAUAACUCAGGGACUGGUUCUAUGGAUUAAAGAAGACCAGCUUUGCAGUGGAGGAAUGGAGGAAGCUUGAGUCCAGCCCCAGAGCCCCCACCUCAAUCUGCAUUGGGCUGGGAGGAGCCCUGAUCCAAGGGACAGAAGCAGAAAGCACAGAAAACCUGGGAGGUACUAGAUCCAGCCUGGGUCUUGCAGGAGGAGGUUUGGAGGCCAGGUUCUUAGCCAGUGCAUCCUGGCCCCAGGCUGCCUCAGGAAACAAGGCACAUGAGGUCUGCUAAGGGCAUUGCAAGUAGAACCCUGGCCCUGUGUGAGGCAAAGCUUGGUUGCCAGGUGACUGUCCCAGGGCAGCCACCCACUGUCUUAAGCACUUCGCUUACUGUGCUAAAGCCCUAGCUGCAGCCACUCAGUACUGCUCCUCCUCGCCACCAUGUUGCGGCAGCUCAACAUGGACACACAGCAGCAAAACUUUUGGAAGGAGGAAUAUCUGAGGGAGAAGAUGUUGCGCUGUGAAUGGAACCGCAAGUAUGGGUCACUGGUGAAGGCCAAGCAGAAGGCUAAGGCUGCAGCCCGCCUGCCCCUCAAGCUGCCCACACUGUACCCCAAAACCCCACACUCACCUGCACCUGCCCCCCAAGCAGUCCCUUCCAAAGCCUCCAGUUCUGUCCCAGAGGUGCCUUUUCAGUCAGAAAUGUACCCAGUCCUGCCUGCCACCCGGGCCCUGCUGUAUGAAGGUAUCUCCCACGACUUCCAGGGACGCUACAGCUACCUUAACACCCGGAAACUGGACAUGCCAGAGACGCGCUACCUCUUCCCCAUCACCACCAACUUCACAUAUGGCUGGCAGCUUGGCCCCCCAGUGAAGCAAGAAUUGGUCUCCUGCAAGAUGUGCCGCAUCGAGUCAUUCUUCCGCAAGAAUGGGGCCUUUGCACUGCUUGAUCCUCGGGACCUGGCCCUCUGACCUUGCCCAGGUGGUGGGCUUGAGGGAGGGAAGGAGAAAUAAUAGUCUUCCUGGUGGGGCAAAGCU